AUGGAUGAUGAAGAGCGAAAAAAACUUGAGGGUGAGGAAGAAAUGGAACUAGAUGAAGCCUCUGAUGGUGAAGACGAAGAUGAAGAAACAACAGGAAUUCCUGUAUCACCAGCAAAUUCAGAUCAACUGCUUGGGCCUGCACCGACAACUCCUGGUAAUAAGGAAGCACAAAAGUUUGUUUCUCUUGCAGUAACCCCAGAUGAAGCUUUUCAUGAUCCUUUACGGUACCAGAAAUUUCCACUUCCUGGAGGCAAACCUUUGAACAUUAGGCGGGGUCCAGGUAGACCUAGAAAAGAACGUCCACCUGGAGUUACACGUGGUGGUAGUACUCGUAGACCUUUUGGAAGAGGAACUACUAGGGGCAAAGGUCUUGGAUAUGCAAGAGGUGUGCCACGCCGUACUAAAAGCAAAGAUGAUGAUACACAUUCGGAAUCCCCAAGUCCUCUUCGCCUUGGUGAAGAUGUUACUCCUGAUGGAGAGACAUCUAACACUGAGAGAUGCAUGCCAGCACCAGAAGAACCACCAUAUUUUCCAGAACAAUGGCCAGGGAAAGUAUGUGCUUUAUGUAAUUUGGGUGAAAGAAGUCAAUUAGGUCAAGGUGAGUUGCUAAGACUUACUUGUCCUGAAGGUUUUACCCCUGAAAAGUCAACUAAUCGUGACGAAACAACUGACCAUCUUGUUGAUAUAUCUACUGGAGACAAAAGUCCGCGUGCAGCAGGUCCUGGUGCUGUGACUUGUCGUAGACAAAAAAGUCUAGCUAAGUGCAGGAAUACUAGUCUAACAAAUUUUUCGGAACCAGUGGAAGAAUUAACCAUAGUAGGAUAUUCGGAAGAACCGGAAAUAGGAACAUUAUUUGAAUCAACUGGGCACUAUUAUGUUCAUCAAUCUUGUGCAGUAUGGUCAAGCAAUACCCAAGAAUUAACAACGGAAAUGCUAAGCCCAGCAAUAGUACAAGCUUCAUCGAGACGUUGUGCUUAUUGUUCUCAUUAUGGAGCUGGAAUUCCUUGCAAAGUGGCAUCGUGCAAUCGUUAUUUUCAUUUACCAUGUGCUGCAGCUUCAAGUUGUUUCCAGGAUACAAAGAGUUUGUCCCUCUUUUGUAGUCAACAUUUGGGACAAGUUCCUCUUUUGUUGAAUGGUGAUGUUACUUGUAUGCAGUGCUGUGGGAUGGGAGAUGUUUCCAACCUAGUAAUGUGUUCCAUCUGUGGCCAACACUAUCAUGGUGGUUGUGUUGGUUUAGCACUACUACCUGGUGUACGAGCUGGCUGGCAGUGUGUAUCUUGCAGAGUAUGUCAAGUGUGCCGUCAACCAGAAGAUGUUUCAAAAGUAAUGUUGUGUGAACGUUGUGAGAAAGCGUAUCAUCCUAGUUGUUUACGACCAAUUGUUACAUCUAUACCUAAAUAUGGUUGGAAGUGUAAGUGCUGCCGUGUAUGUACAGACUGUGGUUCGCGUACUCCAGGCGCUGGUCUUUCAUCACGGUGGCAUUCUCAUUACACUGUAUGUGAUUCGUGUUACCAACAAAGGAACAAAGGUUUUUCGUGUCCUCUUUGUAGAAAGGCAUAUCGGGCCGCCGCGUAUAGAGAAAUGGUUCAAUGUAGUGCAUGUAAAAAGUUUGUUCAUGGUACCUGUGACCCUGAGGCUGAUCCAUUAACUUACCAACACCGUAAAGAAGUUAAACCUGACUAUGAAUAUGUUUGUCUACACUGCAAAAAUAUGGCACUUGUAAAAAGAAAAGAUAAUAUUGAUGAUUAUGGUGGAGAUUUGAGUUUAAGUGCAUCACAAGAAAGUCUGUAUGGUGAUGGAGAUUCUUCAGAAUUUGAUUAUCAGGGGGGAUCAGAGGAAGCACUAUAUUCUAUAGGUCUUGGAAAAGGAAAACCAUUCUGUGCAUCUAAAAUUGCAAAGAAACGAUUAGGACUCGGAAGUGGAAUCAUUGGUCGGCCAAAAGGAAUUGGUAAACUUGGAUAUCAAAAACGACAAAAGAUGACAGAAUUUGGAAGAAAAAGGGGUCCUAAGGCAAAAAUGAGAGGUAUCUUUGGAGUACCUGGUGUAGGAUUGCAGAGACCAAUGUCGGACUCAUUUUCAAAAGAAGAUGAACCAGGCAUUGAAAAUAGACUUGUAUUAUGUUCUGCAAAAGAUAAAUUUGUAUUAACUCAAGAUAUUUGUGUAAUGUGUGGUGCAAUUGGUACUGACCAGGAGGGGUGUUUAAUUGCUUGUGCACAAUGUGGUCAAUGUUAUCACCCUUAUUGCGCUAAUGUCAAAGUUACUAAAGUAAUAUUGCAAAAGGGUUGGCGGUGCCUUGAUUGUACAGUAUGCGAAGGUUGUGGUGAAAGAAACGAUGAGGGUCGUUUGAUUUUAUGUGAUGAUUGUGAUAUCAGUUAUCAUAUUUAUUGCAUGGAUCCACCAUUGGAUUAUGUACCACAUGGUACAUGGAAGUGUAAAUGGUGUGCACAUUGUCAAACAUGUGGUUCAAAUGAUCCAGGAUUUAAUAGUAGUUGGCAAAAAAAUUAUACACAAUGUGGUCCUUGUGCAUCUCAUACUGCCUGCAUAUCUUGUCAAGAAACUUACAAUGAAGGAGACCUAAUAAUACAGUGCAUUCAAUGUGAAAGAUGGUUACAUUGUUCAUGUGACUCAAUUAAAAGUGAAUCAGAAGCUGAGAAAUGUGCAGAAGAAGGCUAUAUUUGUAUACUUUGUCGUCCAAGAGAUGUUCCACCACCACAUCUUUUAUGUAAUCAACCUAAACCACAACCAAAUAAAUAUUCUCGUUCUCCGCCACCAACAUCGCGCAGUCCUGAACUGUACAAACCUUCCCCUCAACAAUACUUGGUUGAUGGCGUUUAUUUAUCUGAAGCUGGUAUGAAUCACAUAAAGUCAUUGACAUCGGAACACCAACAAACAAGAAAGAAAAGAAGAAAAAUGCAUCCUUUGAUUGAUAAAGAAGCAGACAUAAUGGCUACUAUAGAAUCUGUAGUUGCUGGUGGAAGUUUAGAUAAUUCUUUAGAAGAAAAUGGAGGAAAAAUAGAUUUAGUAGAUGUCAAAGAUGAACCUACAGAGGUACUCAAAGAAGGCAUGGUAUGGACACCACGUGGCGAUCAACCUCCACCAGAAGGUUUUAGUAUUUAUACAACUGAAAAUGGCAUACCAAUUUUAAGACGUAAACGUCAACGUAACUUGCAAAAGUUAGGCAUCGGAGGUUUUAUUGUCAGACUAAGAGGCACUCGCAAAGAUAAAGAAGAAGAUGGAGAUCCAGAAAAACCAUCGGAUUCAGCAGUUGGUGUAACCGAUGACAAACCGCGCAGAAAACCACAGAGAAGAAAACCAAAGACAAAACUUUCUGAAUGUUUUCCUCUCUACAUGCAAGAGGCGUUCUUUGGUAAAGAUCUUAUGGAUACAACCAAAGACAAAGAAUUGGAAAGCAGCAGUGAAUCAGAUAGCGAACGAAAUAUAUCUGGAAAUGCAGAUACUAUUCAAUUAUCUCAAGAUGAACUGAAAGCAAUGGAACAAGUAAAAGCUAAGCAAGAAAAGGAAGAAGAAAAAGUACCCCCAGAAGCGCCAAUAAAACGCGAAGAAAUUGUGGACGAUGAAGGUAGUGAUACAGAAGCCCUUGGUGACAUUUUACCUAUAUCGGGUGACUUACUUGACAGUGAUCUUGUUAAUACGAUAAUGAAUGAACCAGAUGAAGAUUUAGCUAAAGCUAGCGAAGCGUUAGAUGAAUUAGAUGAUACACCAGGGACAACUAAAGACGAGUUAACAGAUAUUCUCAGUCCACAUUUCAAUUUUGAAUCAAUGGUUCGAGAUACAGGUUUACCUAAUAUGGAUAGCAAAGAUAUUGAAGAAAUAUUCAAGGGAGUAUUAACUGAUGAAUCUCAAGAGUCUCAAGAAUCAUCAGUUUUUCCUGUUCAAGCUCAACCUCCACAUCCUACAUCUUCUACAACACCACUUGUCUCUCCUUCGCCACAUCCUGGUAUACAAACAACAAUGCCUAUACCAAGACCUCAAGUACCUGGUACACUGCCUUCUGUUGGUCAGUCUAACUUAAAUUCUCCAAUGAGUUUUCCACCGCCGUCUCCAUACCAUUCGGAGUAUAGCAAUAGUCCACAAUUUAGUCCAGCUCUCUCUGAAUCUGCAAGUCCAUGGGUCAAUCCUGAUGAUGAAGGCACUUCAUCAGCAGGCAAUACUACAAUCUCAUACAACCAAAGAAGUAAUCUUAAAAUGGAAGCCGAUGAAGCUUUAGGUCCAGGAGCAACUAUAUCUUCUGUACUUUAUGCAAAUAUUAACCACCCAGAGUGGAAAACAGAAUAUCCAGCUUGGUCAGAAAGAUGUAAACAAAUAUUGAAGAAAUGGCGUGCUCUCUCCAGUGAUAAGAAAGCUCCAUACCUAACACAGGCACGGGAUAAUAGAGCUGCAAUACGUAUGAAAAAGACUCAACAGAUAUCCAAGGAUAUACCAAGCACGACCCCAGUCACUGCAACAAGUGCACCUACCAUCAUCACCAAACCUGUCACAACUAUGACAUCAGCUCAAGUUUCUCCAGUAGUAGCUAUGGCCUCCAACCAAAGGCAGAUUGGACUUUUGACCUCAGUGGGCAGUGAAAAGACACAGGAAAAGAAUGGAAUGACUGUGUCGUCAACAGGAGUGACAGUGUCAACAGUUAGCAGUAAUCAUCAUGCGGAGGAACAAGAGAGACUUUCCAAUAGAGAUCGUUCCAGUAGAGAAGCAGAACAAGAACGUCAAUGGAAACAAUUACAAGCAUUACGACAACAGCAAGCACAGAUGCAGCAACAAGUUAUUCAUGAACAACGUGUGCAUGCUAUUACUAGAGUUCAUAGACAAAUAAGUGAGGAUAAUACCACUCAAAUAAAUGCUGACAAUCCUACAGGAUUAACAACACAACUACAAGUCUCCACAUCACAAGAUGGAAAUCAUAUGGGACCACUAGCUUCACCAUCUCCCGGAUCACGCAAUACAUUUGCGACUCCUCCUGUAAAAGUUACACGAGGUUUAGCACCUCAAAGCUCUCAUCAGGGCAUACCACGUUUACCCACCCAGCCUUGUGUAACAAUGACGCGUCCAGUUGGGACUGUGGUUAGACCAGGGAUGCCAAAUAAUUUUACACAACCAGCUUCCCCAUUUUCUCCACAAGCACCACAAUCUCCUCAUGAUUUCCCACAGUCUCCAGCUUCUUCACAAUCCCAGGAUCAUUUUCAACGUUUUGACAGUACUGAAGCUUAUUCUCAAGGUUCUCAAACACCCAGAUCACAGAUCAGUGGCACACCAUCAUAUUCCACAUCCCCAAGAAGCGAUGUCUUUUCUCAGCCACCAGGUACACCGCGGCCUAUGUUUAAUGCUCCUACUACUCGUCCUUCUACUCAUGUAUAUGCACCAUCUCGUACACCUGAUCCAUACAGUAGUCAACCUCCUACCCCUUCUCCUGCUCCAAAUUAUUCCUCACCAAGGCCAGAAUCUCGACAAGAUUCGCAACAGCCUGAAGUGUUCAAUCAACAACCAGAAGUCAACAGACAAUUACGUGAUCUUUUACAAAGACAACAGUUUAGUAAAAAAAUGGAACCUGUGAGCACUACAUGGAAUCAAGACGGUCAAAAUAAUACGGAAAAUAAUCAACAACAAUUCGAUACGAGUCAUGUACAAAUUCCACAACAUUCUCAAGUAGCAAGUAGUACCGGUGAAGGAACUUUCAGGCAUCCUCUUCCACCUGGUAUUGUUAGACCUAGGAUGCCCAUUCAACCAAAUGUUUUGAUAAGAAAUCAAAUUGGAAUAAAUUCAAGACAUCCUGUAGCGGCAAAUGUAGAUGCCAGGAUACAGAAUAUAGAUCCGCGAACUAGAAUGCUCUUGCAAAGACCACAAGUAACUGCAACAAUACCUCAACAGCAUUUUCAAGCAAAUCAGGCUUUACAAACACGAAUGCCAGCAACGAGAAAUUCGAUUACAGAACCUUAUGACGUCUUACAGCAACAAAGGUUUCCAGAUCCCAAUCAAGGACAAAAUAUAGCGCAACGUAUAGUGCGAACACCUCAGGAUAACUUAAAUCAAGGAAUCAGAAUAUUAGGUCAAGGGGUUGGUAUAAGGGCACCUCUGAUACCAACAACGGUUAGUGAAGCUACUGUUAGUCCGUCUGAGCCAUCGGAGAUUCCUGAUAAUGUUACUGCAGAACUUGAGAAAUUAGAACAAGAGGGAGCACCGAUGGUAGAGGUCGAGGGUGUGAGUGCAAUAUUAGGAGACCUAGGCGAUGAUGAUGAUGAACUGCUUGCUGAAAUGGGAGCAGAUUUUAAUAUUUUGGAAUAUGCAGAUCCCGAAUUAGACAACAUAACCGGUGGUGAGAAAACAAAUAUACUUGAUUUAGAUUUAGAGCAAGUUGAGGUAGAGACGAAGGACGAAAAACAAAAGAAGGAGGUUAAGGACGAGGAGCGAAAAUCGACAGAAUUAGGCGCAACGAGUGCGGUGCACACUGACAUAAGUGACACGUGUACGACAACUACUGUACAAACGCCGACAGAGACGUCUAAUGCUCCAACACAAGCACAAACAGUAACACCUAUUACCGCAACAUCACAAACACCACAGCAACCAUCCACGAUUAUGCCUCAAUCACAUGCUCAAGCUGUUGUUGUACAACAACAAAUGCAUCAGCACGUGCAACAAGCUGCGGCAAUGGGCAGACCUAUGCCUCCAGGAACUCGCUUGCUUUCGACUGAUGGAGCAGUUGGCGUUGUUACAUCAACUAAUACCGUCACAGUCAGUUAUCCGUCCACGUUCCCUGGACAUCCUCAGAGAAUACCACAAACACAUAUCCAAGUAUCGCAACAACAGCGUCUUAGUAUGAGAGUAGCAGGUGUACCAAAUGUGGCUGGUAGAGUGGUUGCUGUAAAUCAUAUGAUUGGUCCUCGUAUGCCUCUUGCGCCACCUCCGCCACCACCUCCGCCGCCAUAUCCUGGACCACCACCCCCUUAUCCUGGACCUAUACAGAUGGGGCUGUGUCCAGGUGGGCGGGGUAUGACGCGGCCCCCAAUCCAUAUAGGGCACCCAGUACCGGUGGCGGGUCCACCAAUGGCCCCUGUGGUACAUACUGGUACGCCCGCAAUGACACCUCACCCUCACCGAAGACCCUUGCUUCUGCAGGAACAACCACUAUUAUUGGAGGAAUUGUUGGAACAAGAAAAACGAGAACAAGAAAAGCAACAACAGCAGCAGCAGCAGCAACAGCAGCAACAACAGCAGCAGCAGCAGCAACAACAACAGCAGCAGCAACCGCAGCAAAGUGAUAGUACCACGUCCGGAGGACCGCUUCUAAGUGACAGUGAGUUUGAACAAUUUAAAGCAGAUGUUUUGGGUUCUGCACCCCUUGCUUCUCCUCCACAAGGAAUUACAUCAGUACCUGGAGGAGUUCCUGUAAUUAGGCCACCUUGUACAUCAAGCCCACCAUCCGCUCCAGGUACCAGUUGGCAGCAGACAGUACCGGAUGCGACGAAAUUAGCCGCCCAAGUGCCUAGGCAGCCAAUUGCAACCCAGACACCACCGGAACCGAGGGUUACCACGUUUAAUAUCUCUCAGAUUCCUGCCCCGCCUACUCCACCGGAGAAUAUUGUGAAUGAACAGGACCGACAAAUACAAGUACAGUACGAGCAAUGGCUAAACCAUCAGCAUCAAGUGUUGACACAGCAGUUGAAGUAUUACGAAACUGAGGUACAAAAGCUGCGUAAAAUACGAAAAUCCCUCAAUAGCAAACAGCGACAGUUACGAAAGUCCGGGAAUGAAUUGGCAGAGAAUGACGCGGCCGAACUACAACGCAUUUCCAGUGAGCAAGCGAUAUUACAGAAGCAUCUAGAUGCAAGUCGCAAGCAAACUCGACAACAUGGCAUGCUGAUACAGGAGUACCAGAGUAAACAGCAACAAAGGCAACCUCAACAACAAAGCAGUGAACCAUGUUCACCUUUGAUGUCUCCUUCCCAACAUUCACCAAUGCAUAGCCCUGCUGCGCUCGUUUCUCAAAGCCCAGGUCCUGGGAACGUCCCAACAAAUAUGAUUCAGCAUUCACCGGCAACUCCUAUCAUCCAACAUAGCCCUAAUACACCCUUAUUACAACACAGUCCUGGUAAUCCACAGUCGGGGAAUCCAGGAACGAUGUCGCCUCAUAAUAUGCAACAAUCUCCUAGGAUUGGUACUCCACAUUCACAAAAUGAAGAAAGCCCUUUUAGUCCUGGCGCUAUGCCAUCACCAGGAAUGUGUGGUCCCUCAGCAACUCGUAUGACAUCUCCGCAGCAUCGUGCGAUUAUCAGUGGUAGACUUGCAACUAGUCCAGGUGCUUUUACUCCAGAUACACGAAAUACGCAACAAAUCAUCGGAGAUCAGGGAGUUAGAGUUCAUGGUCUCUCUCAACGUUUUGUCCGUCCGCCAGCCGUCGAACCUGGUCAAAGGCCAAGGAUGCAACUGCAAGGAGGAAUUGUGUAUGGACAACGUUCUCCACUUGGAAGUCCACAACCCAAUCAGCAAUCUUUGAUGAAUCAGCAACAUCAACAGAUGCUUCAAAGACAACAGAUUAUUCAACAACAACAUGAAACUACUACAAUUCUUCAAGAUGGGCAAAAUGCGAUUACUCAACGUACAUUGCAAAUGGCGCAACAGAGACAACAAUUGUUGCAACAACAACAACAACAGCAAAUAGUUCAACAGCAGAGACAACAAUUUCUACAAAUGCAGCAACAGCAGCAGCAGCAACAACAACAUACGAUGCAAAAACCACCAAGUUCUCCAAUGGUAUCUCAACCUGCUAACUCUCCAAGUCCUCAACUUCAUCAACAAAUACAACAGAAUUAUGGGCAACCUCCAAAUUCUCCCAUGCCUCGUAGCCCCAUGGUUCAACAAACUAUGGGAUCACCUAUGUUACAGCAACAACUGAGUCAAACUUCACAACCUCCUAGUCCUAUGAACACAAGAAUUCAUUCACAUCCACCUAAUUCACCAAUGAUAUCGCAAUACCAACCACCAAGUCCGAUGUCACGAAAUCAUCCUUCAACUUCUCCCAUGCUUCAACAUCAAUUAAAUAAUGCGCAUCAUCCUCCAACGUCUCAACCACCCAGUUCGCCGAUGCCACGUAGUCCUAUGGUUGGUGGUUCACCCAUGCAAAUGCAAAGAAGACAAUCUACUGGAAAUAGUCCAGCAAUGCCAGAUCGACCGCAAAGUGUAGAAAAUCCAGGAACACCAAGAACACCACAUACUCCGCAUACACCGCAUACACCACAUGGCUCUUACACGGCUCAAACUUCAAGUAAUCACACAGUACCAAGCGAUCAGCAACAACAAUUGCAACAAUCACAUCAACAUCAACAGCCAUCUAUUCCGCAGGAACAGACAUCUACAACAGAUCAUGCGAGUAGAGGUGGAGGAAACCCACACAAUCCAUUAAAUCCGUUGCCUUUUGGACGAUUUGGAUAUAUUAAGCUUGGAUUAAGAGGUGGAUCUCCCAUGUGGUCUACAAAAGCAGAAACUAGCAAAGGAAAAACCUCUGAAUCACAUCUUUUAAAUAUGGAUGAAAAACCAAAUACAUCUGUAGUUGUUCAUAGGAAAACUGGCAUACCACAAUCAAAGAUUAAUUCUUUGGUAUGUGCAGACUAUAACGAUUUUGACGAUGACUCUCAUACACCGCCACAAACUCCACCAACGAGUAUAGAAAUGAAGCAAACCACUUCAUUGUCUGACAAUGGGCCUUUAACAUUAGGUAGCCCUAGCAACAAAAUGGAACCGAUACCUGACACCACUGAUUAUGACGACGAUAAAACUAUUGUGAAUACGGAAGUGACUUUGAGUUCAACGGCACAACGAGAUAGUGAUGAUAUUACUGUUAUAGACCAAUUCGGAGAUUCAGAACUCGAUGUAAUAUCAGGGACACUAGAAGGUGAUAUCCAAGAGGAGUACGUACUUUUCGAAUCCGGAAUGGUCGUGGACUUAUCAGCAGAUAGCAAUGAUUCUCUUUGCCAUGCUUUAGUUAAUGAAAGUAGUCAAGGACAUGAUUUAGUGCAAAUAUUAGAAAUUGAAAAUCCCGAAUCUCAAACGGAUGAACCAAUGUUAAGCGACGAAGAUUUAGUGCCCACCCAUACGAGAAAUAAAAGAGGGCUGAGAUUGGACAUAGUAAGGACUCUACAAUCUGGGAAGAGGCUAGUGGCGGUUACAGAUACUCCAGAAUCACCUGACCAGGAAGAACUUCGUGUAGACCCAUCACCUGGAUCUUAUAUGGACCAAUCGCCAGAGCAAGACCUCAUGAUGUCUUUUGUUAGCGAAUCCGAAGUAGUAAUUAUUGAUCCUAGUACAAAAUCACCUGAAGAUAAUUUGUCCAAAGAAUCAUGUGCGGAAGAAAUCGAAAAAACAGAUACCAUUAGUGUUUCUGAAGCAUCGAGAGAAAAUACUGUCUCCGAAAAUACUAGUGAAGAUCAAUCAAAAACACAAAAAGAAUCAAAGCCAAACAGAAGUCCCACAUCAUUCAUGUUUUCUGACAAAGUUCUUUACAAUCAAAUUCCACCAUCAAGUAUACAUCACUCUAACAUUAGUGUCUCAUCUACAUGCAGAUCCACUGUUUCAUUGUCAACUUCUACAAGUACAAGUAUUAGUACUGAUAAUGCUAAUACUGUUACCACGUCCAGCAGUAUAUUGGUAGCGACAGAUACAGCUAAUAAGUCAACUCCGAUUUUUACAACCUUAAGUAUAACGAAGGAGACGGUAUCACCUUCUUUCAAUAAUCAAAAACAAUUACCAUCAACAAUGGCGAGUAUCGUGGCGGAUGCAAAAAUUGCUGCUAAACUUAGUCAAACAGCUUUAGAAAAUAUUGUAGUUAGCUCGCAGCAAAGUGUGGUGAAAACAGAAUCGUUAUCCAAAAUCAGUUCCCCAAAUAUGGAAAUUCCUAAACCUCAAGUUACAUGUUCGGAAAGAACUGUGUCGUCAGUGCCUAAUGUACAAAAUGAAUUUACAAGUUUUGUGCAAAAUACCACCACAAAUACAAUAGACACAAGUAAUCCUGCAAAAUUGGUUUUAAGCGUGCAGCCAACAUCUGUUACACUGUCAACACCAAAAAUGUCCAUACCUGAUCUUCCUAAGAAAGAGAAUGGAAAUAACUCGAUUACUUUGGCAAAAGAAAAUCAAUUAGAAAUUUUAGAUAAAAGUGUGAAAGUAAAAAAUGACAAAGAUGAAGCUGAUCAUGCAACAAAGAAGACAGAGGAAUCUAGUAUGGAUACUUUAAGUGGAAGCAUUGCCACAAGCAUAGCUGCAAAUCAAGAACUUACUUCAUCUGAUGAUAAAAAAAAUGAUCCUUUGAACACUACAGAUGAAUUGGAGAGUAUGCUCGAAGCAAUUCAUAAUCCUGCAGAAAACACUAUAAGUAGAGAGAAUUCUCAUAUAGAGAGCAAGACAGAUACUGCUUCUUCAUUGAAAAGGAUAUCACCAGUUACAGAUGACUUAUCAUUGGUAAAUAUUUUAGAAAAUGAUUCAGAACCAGUCGAAAAUGAAAAUAAAGAAGAAAAUUUGACCACCACUGAAGUUCAAAGAAUAAACAUUAAAUCGAAAGAAAUGGAAACCAGUGUUUCAGAGAAUACUAAUUUAAAUAUUGCUCAGAAAGAAAAAAAACACAAUGAAUUGUGUACAGAAAUUGAAACCAGUAAAUCUUAUGUACAGCAUUGCCUCAAUGAAGAAAAAAGUAUAAUGGAUGAGUCAUCUGAUGAUAUAUUAGACAUGCUACAUAACAUCAUAUCCUCUAAACCAGAAAUGGCUAACAGUGAAAUUCUUCAAGAUGAUAGAUCUAGAAAAUCAAGUAUGAUGUAUGAAUUACCAACUCCUUUGGAUACCUUGCCUCUGAAUAUUCUCCAAGAUUCUUUAAUGGAUCUGGAGCAAGAACAUUCAGACAAUGAACAUCUUCUGUCAAAUGAGAAUAAAGGAUCAAAGGUACAGAAAACAAGUUCACCUCCUGUGGAACCUGCACCUAAGAAGAGCUCGCCAAUCCCACAUCAGAGUGCUCCUUUGGUUGUGAGUACCAUAGCGCAGUUGCAGAAAUGCACAACGACAGUACCUCAUCUUUCUCCACUGUCAAAACCUACAGAACUUACGUCGAAUGUUGCCAAUGUGUCGCAUCAGCUAAGAACAUUACUUUCGUCUCUACAGACAAAUCAUUCACAAAAUUGUACAGCUGUAAAUCAAACCGCUAUCGUUACUAUGGUGUCCUCAGCGAUCUCAGGGCCAAAAGUAGGGAACAUACUGUCUACAACCAGCACAUCCUCGCCAAACUCUGUAAAUAAUCUUCAUAACAGCACCAAUGUACGACUACAGACCUCUAUAGUCACUUCUCAUUCUGCAAUUACUACCAAACCUGAACUAGAAACUACGACGACUAGUUAUACCCCGCAUACAAAGGAAAGUACAAAUUCUACAGUAAGUGUUGUUUCUACUUUGUCUAAGGUUACCCCUUCAGAACCAUUUUUACGAGUCACUUCCAGCGGAGUACAGUCACAAGCUAGUAGUAGUAGUUUGUCCCUACAAACGUCAUCUGUGAUCACCUCUAGGCCGCCAACAAAUUCAGGUAUUUCAAUUACGUCAAAUGCAAUGUUAAAUGCGAUGUUAGCUGGUACAAAUUCUGCCAAACCUUCGAUCGCUGGUCACCGAACGAACACUGCUCCCACGCAAGCAAGUAAUCUGUUGAGCUCAGUGAUGGCGACUUCUGUGCAACGAACACAAAGUCUCCAGGCAAUCUUACAAGUAAGUUCAGGCUGUUCUUCGGCACCUUCUCGCGUGGUCGUAAAUGCCACGUCGACGACUGUUACAACGUCCAUGCAGUGCGUUAGAACUAUCGUACCUCCUAUAGUCACUGCAAGUACCAACAGCAUUAACGUCACUACCAGCAUACUUCAGUCAACUUUGUCUCAAACACCUACUCUUUUGCAUUGUCAACCUCAGUGCAAGUCAAUCAGUCAUUUGCUGGUGGAUAGUAAAACUAGUGACCUUGAAAAACUGGCGCAGAGUACACCGUCGAAGAAGGAGACAGAAGAAUCUAACUGCAAACUGCAAUCGGCACUUGAAAAGCCAUCAACUACUAGGUCCGAAUUGGAGUUAACCAAAAGCACUACUGGUUCGCAUAGAAUGGAGGAGUCCCAGAAUGUAUUGUUGAAACAAUUGCUACAGAAUACUGCAUGUGCAACGACCACCUUGUGCUCAGGUUCUUCACAAGGUCCCAGUUUACCUCUGGUACCAUCUCUGGAAGCGCAAUUAGCAAGACCAGUGCCACCCACUCCAUUCUCUGUUUUACCACCGCUAUUGAAUGAAAUACCAGCACCUAAGACCACCAGUAAUAAGCAAGUACUGAACAGGGAAACAUCAUUCUUGUCACAAUCAGUGACACCCCUAAAGGUGCAAAGUCCACCGACCAAAGAAGAGCCACCGAAACCACCUCCGCCAUUGACAACCUCUGCACCAGUUUUAUCUCAACAACGUAUAACUGAAACAUUUCCAAAACAACAAAUAACUACGCAACCCACCAAAACUACCCCUGUUUUGACUCAAGCGAACCAACAACCAACAGUGACGGUAACUAAGCAAGUACCACCGCCGCUUACAACAAAAGCUUCGGAAACAACAGCCCCCAUAAAGCAAGAACCACCAAGCAUUAUUACACAACCAUCAGCCAAGCCAGUGAGUGAUACCGUUGUUAAUAAUACUGUUCCGAUUCAACAACAGUGUGUAUCAACUCCUAUAACUGUGUCACGAGUGGUACAACAAACUAAACCGGUAAUUACUACAAUGGCUUGUAAAAAUAUUCAGUCCACGACGCAGGUAUCGAGUACUGUCCAAGCGACUCAACAACCGUUGACAACUGUCACGACCGCGCAGCCACCACAGCAAACACAAGCACAGACUCAACCCCAGAUACCAGUUACCCCGAAACCCAUUGUCUCAACCCAGCAACAACCCCCACACGCAAACACAAUACCGCCAUCAGUGCCUCAUACGGUGUCUCACACGGUGGGCCACCAAGCCCAGGCGUCACAGGGUGCAAAUGCACAACACACAGUGCCUUUAGUGGAAGUCAAAAAGGAAGUUCUUGAUGAAGUUCUAUCUAGCGGUACACCUACCCAAUUAACCGAUACCAAAGACUUUCUUACUGCCAAAGAGGAGCUUAUCGAUGGACCGAUUGACGACAAAACUGAUCUCAAGAAAUUGAAAAGGCGACAAUAUCAACAGAAACGAAAGCAAAGCCAGGGGAAGGACGCCACGGCAGCACCUCAGAAAAAGCGUGCUAGGAAAGUGUCCCGUUUAGAUGAGGAUUAUGACACGUUCAUUGACAAUUUAAUGGCACAAUUGCGGCAACUUCAGCCAAUGGCAGUAUUAGAACCACUUCUAGGCAGAAAUUACGGCGUGUGUCCUAUCUUUGGUUCGGGAGACCUGACAAAAAUCGGUAGUCAGAAGGAUUACAACACCAGAACAGGAGACUUAGUUGGUUCAUACGGAUCUGCUACAUUACCGGGUGUAUCUGAUCACUACAACACUCAACCAUUCGGUGAAUUGGAACCCUUACCACCGCAACAACCUGUUUCUACGCAGAGGGGAUUUUACGAUCAAGAAUUUCCACCUCUUAAAUUGGACGAUUCCGACGAUAAAAAGGAGAAUUCCCUGUCAAUGAACCGCGAUGUCGAUUCCCCCGACACGAUAGUUAGUUCAUCAUCACCCGAAUGUGUUAUUCCGGAAUUUAUACACCGGUUCCCAGGUUUGAGGUUGAUCGAAGAAGAAUCGGAUGAGGAAUCGGAUUGGCUGAAACGAGUGUCGCCCGUUAUACCUUUAAUCUCUCCGAUACCAAUUAGGUUAAAACCGACGUACGUUGGCAAAGACAUCGCCAAACAGGAUAAAGAAAAUUUAGGCAUACCACGGCUUGGAAAAUCACCUCCAAUACCUUUAAGAGAUGGCAACGUAACAGUUACAUUGACUUUAAAUAGUCAGGCUGCGGACGACAUAAUGGGAGUACUUAAAGAUUUGGCUAAUAUCUUAAACAUAGCUCCUCCCACUGGUUACCAGAUAGUAGAACGUACUACUACUCCCCCUAGUCAGAAAUUAGGUCUUUAUAGAAUCAAGGGAAAAGAUGGUAAAGAGGGAGCUCCAAUUGAUAUACAAAGUAUUUUGAACGGCGCCGCCAAAUUCUGUCGUCAUUGUGAUGUUGUGAUAUUGAAUAGCUUAAUAAGAAAGAAAGUAUCCGAUUUACCAUUCUUAAGUAAGGAAGAAGCUGAGCCCGGCGAUGAGUUAUGUUUUUGUUCAGCAGCCUGUUACAUGCAGUUUGCCCUUAUGCAUAGAACACCUUCGAAUACCCAAGAUAAGGCUGCAACUAUAGUAGACCAUCUAUGUCAUAAUAAAAUAGAUACUAAGGUAUUGGAUGAUGAUUUUAAAAAAGGGAAAAAAUAUGUGGUCAAACAGCCAGUCGAUCAUGUUGAAAGUAUGGAAGUCGAACAGACACAGAAGGAAUCCGAAAUUAAGAUAAAAACGGAGAAGGAAGAUCAGGAUAUAUCCGAUACGAAAGAAGAAAUAAUAGAAGAGAAACGACCAAAGAAACAUUCGGUCGUGGAAGAAUUGACAACAGAAUCGACUGAGCCACAACCACCUACAAAAGUAUGGAGAGGUUUACGGUACAAAACGUGGUCUAUUGGUUUAAUGCAACCUCCAACGAAGUACAAAAAACCAACCGAUAAGGAAAUCACGGAGAUGCUUUUCCGUAUGGGGGUAACUGUAGUACCUGCUAAAGCAGAAGAUAGUCGACGAUGCAUGUUUUGUCACAGUCAAGGUGAUGGUACAGCCGAUGGUCCCGCUAGAUUACUUAAUUUUGACGUCGACAAAUGGGUGCAUUUGAAUUGUGCCCUUUGGUCGGAAAAUGUGUAUGAAACUGUAAAUGGUGCCUUGAUGAAUCUCGAUACCGCUUUGCAACAUAGUCUUGUAUUAAAUUGUAUUGUUUGCGAGAAACCGGGAGCUACCGUAAAAUGUUUUAAAAUGCGCUGCACCAACGUGUACCACCUUGGCUGCGCUGUUAAAGAUGGCUGUGUUUUUUAUAAGAAUAAGAGUACCUAUUGCUCUCAGCAUGUGCAAAAGAACGAAAAAGAUAAUGAACUGACCACGCUUUCCGUGUAUAGAAGAGUGUACGUUAAUCGUGACGAAAAUAGACAAGUCGCUGCUGUGAUGCAUCAUUCGGAACACAAUCACUUGCUGAGAGUUGGAAGUCUGAUAUUUUUAAGCGUCGGACAGUUACUUCCACACCAGCUCGCCAACUUCCACACACCAAAUUACAUAUACCCUGUCGGAUACAAGAUCGUUAGAUUUUAUUGGAGUAUGAGACGGCCGAACAAACGCUGCCGAUAUGUGUGUUCCAUCCACGACGUUUCUGGUCGACCUGAAUUUCGCGUCCUAGUGCAAGAACCUUUACAAGAAGAUGUUGAGUUGCGGGACGCUACCCCUCGCGCUGUUUGGAGCAGAAUCCUUGAACCUCUCGCUGAACUGCGAAGAUCCACGAACAGUGUCCAAUUAUUUCCGCGUUAUGUUUCCGGCGAGGAUCUCUUCGGACUGACCGAACCAGCGGUCGUCCGUGUUCUUGAAAGUCUUCCAGGCAUUGAAACUCUCACCGAUUACAGAUUUAAAUACGGCCGAAAUCCCUUGUUAGAAUUACCAUUAGCAAUCAAUCCUACCGGCAGCGCGAGAACGGAAGCACGUUUACGAAAUCAGCUUCCUUGGAAGAGGCCGCACACGCAACGCACAGGCUCUUCGGCCCGAGCAGCCUUCGUUCCGACCGCAACAGUCGCAGGCGAAGUGGCGUGCCCCUAUUCAAAGCAAUUUGUUCAUUCUAAAAGUUCCCAGUACAAAAAAAUGAAGCAAGAAUGGAGGAACAAUGUAUAUCUGGCACGCUCGAAAAUUCAAGGCCUGGGAUUAUAUGCUGCACGUGAUCUGGAGAAACACACAAUGGUCAUUGAGUACAUUGGGGAAAUUAUUCGUACUGAAUUGGCCGAAACCAGAGAAAAGCAGUAUGAAGCGAGGAAUCGUGGUAUUUAUAUGUUUCGCUUGGACGAAGAAAGAGUGGUCGAUGCAACGUUAUGUGGAGGUCUCGCAAGGUAUAUCAAUCACUCUUGUAACCCGAAUUGUGUCGCUGAAAUCGUUGAGGUCGAACGUGAUCUUAGAAUCAUAAUCUUUGCAAAGCGAAGAAUCUCACGUGGCGAGGAGCUGGCAUAUGAUUACAAAUUCGAUAUUGAAGAUGACCAGCACAAGAUAGCAUGCGCAUGUGGCGCGCCUAACUGCCGCAAGUGGAUGAACUAAAGAGCUCGAUCCACCGUUGUUAUUGUUACUACGUUAUUGGGUAGGUUUUACAUGAAGAAAAAAUUAUAUAUAUAUAAAUAUAUAUAUAAUAGACACAUUAUUUAAUUUGUAAAGUGCCAUUGCAGUUUGACUAAUUGAUUCAUAGUGAAGUUGGUGCUAUGCCAUCACAACAUUCCUCCAAAGUUGUACAAUAUUAGUUUUACUUUACAAAACAUAGAAACAUUGAUCGCUUGUAUAUUACGGACACUCUUUAAGGACACGACACAGAGUAAUUGAAAAAAAAAAAUAAAUUUUAUGGGUCGUGUGUAUGU